AUGAAUGGUUCGGCUUUCACAAGUAUUCCUCCUCCUGAACCUCCUGUCGAUUAUGAAGAUGAAAGGCGAGUGUUGCAGCAGAAUCAAUCGCCAAGAAAUAAAAAUGAUCAAAAGGAAAAUUUGGUGAACUCCCGUAAAUCGCCUCACCGACAAACUGUAACGAAAAAAACUCGUGUAUAUAUGGUCGAUGGUGUGCAAAUGACAUCGACGAGUCAUCAAGUGUUUGGUGUAAAGCAGGACUUUGACUUGAGAAAACAGCAAUUGCAUGAACUGCGUCGUUUGCAACGUGAAGAAACUCGUCAACUACGUGAAUUAAAUGCCAAAUUAGAAACCCAAAGAAAUGAACAAGCAAAACGAUUCAGCUUUGAAAAAGAAAAUGUUAUGAAGGCUUCUGAAAUUGAAUUGCAAGCGCUUUCUAGAACUCAGAAACGUCAGAUGAAAGACUGCGAAGAUCUACAUGCUGAAGAUAUAAAGCAAACUGUAAAAAAGAUUCAAAAUGACCAGGAGAGGGAACUACGUUGUUUUCGAGAGUCCCUAAAGCACGAGCAAAAGCAAAUGAAAAUGGAAGUGGAUGCAAUGCCAAAGUCACAGAGAAAAGAUGCAUUUAGGAUGCGUAAGGAACAUCUCGAUAAAGAGCAAAUGCUUAAAGAAGAUGAGUUUCUAGAGCAACAACAAAAUAAUCAAAGCCUUAUCCUUAUGAGAGUACAGCUGGCUCAUAAAUUAAAAAUUUUGCAACUUGAGAAAACUUUCCAACAGCAGAAACACGCCGUAUUGAGAUCACGAGAAGCAGCGGAAUGGGAAUUAGAAGAAAGGCAGUUGACGGAGCGACAUCAUUUAUAUAAACAGGAGCUUAAGGAUCGUUUUUUCCUUCAAAGGACUCAAAUGUUUGCCAGGCAUCAGCGAGAGUUAGAACAUAUGCGUAAGGUGAAUGCGAUGAAUGAAGAGGAAGCGGUACGAAAUUAUGCCACUUAUAGAAAGCGAUUACCGAAAGAUUUUCGAACAGAAUCGAAAACACGUAUAGCGAUGUUCAAAGAAAGCCUUCGUAUUUCAUGCCAAGGUGAAGACUCUGCAGCAUUAAACGAGAAAUUGCGAGCUUUCGAGGAAAAGGAAAAAGCACGUGUCCGUAAUGCAAUUGAGGAUCAUGAGGCCAAGGCAGCACGAAAAUUGCGUGAAUUACGAGAGAAAAAUGCGGCAGCACUUAAAGAAUUGGAAGAAAUUCAUAGUGAAAAGCGAAAAAUGUUAUUGGAAGCAGAACAAAAUAAAAUGGAAGUUUACGAAAAGGAAUAUGAACAGAUAAUGGGCGAUUGGAAAACGAGUUUGCCUCUUCGAAAGCAGGAGUUAGAAGCUCAGUUUUCAAAGGAGCUCGAUGAAUUGGAUGUUUUUUAUCGGCGUGAAAAUGCUCAGUUGCAAUCAAUCAUUUCAUCGAAAUCUCUCUCUGCACAACUAUCUUUUUAG